AUGGCAGCCCGCUUGUUUCUGCUGGUCUCCCUGGCCUGUCUGAUGACCGUCUCAUACGGUAUUAACUGCUACAUUUGCGGUCCUGAGUAUAAUGCCAACUCAACUUGUGAGGCCGCCCUCACCGAAAACUACAACAUCACAUCAUGCGGGCUUCCAUUAUUUUACUGCACCGUGGUCAAAGUCACAAGAGGCGGGUCGUUCGUGUCGUUCAAACGCAGCUGCACUGAACUGAACCCUGGAUCCGCUUGUGUCACUGUUGACAACAUUGAAACCUGCACCACAUACUGUGACACCGACGGCUGUAACACCGGCGAUGGCAGCGGCAGCGGCAGUGGUGCUGGGAUGGCUCGCGCAAGCGCACUGCUCCUGGUGGUGUCCGCCAUCUUGGCUGCAGUCCUGUACUAAGUGAGGAGUCUAUAACUUAAACUGAAACCACCCUAAAGUCAAGCCAAUGUGAAUAAAGGGGAGGGUGAUAUGCCCAAAAAGAUCACUGGGUUAUGCUGACCUAGCUCC